GAUAACAGUACAAUAGCACAGGAGGGUUGUGAUACAUCCCUAUACAGUCUCACAUCGGUUCAAACACGGAGACAUAUUACUUGGACAUUAUUCAGGAUUUUACUCGUUAAGAAUGAGGCUACUAUUCUCCGCACUCCUCACAGUGCUUGCGGCGCUUGUGGCAUACCGUAUAUACCAAGUAUUACAGCGACCCCUACCUGACGAUGUAGUGAACCCUAGUCAACUCCGAUGGAUAGAUGAGCUGGGCCGGAUAGCGAAUAUACUGGAAACAAGUUCCAAGGCUAUCGGCUUCAAUCCUGCUACCAAACCCGUGAAGUCACUGGUUGAUAUCGGUUUCUCCUUGGUUCUGAAUCCUACAUUCUGGAGGAAAGCGGCGGACAAUAUCAAGGUGGCCAACGCUGUGUACGGCAAUGUCCCUGUGAUAACCUUCACCCCUGGUGAGCUGGCGUCCUUGACCUCUCCCCGCCCCGUCAUGGUGUACUUUCACGGCGGCGGCUGGACGUGGUUCUCCGCAGGUUCCUACAAUGUCCCGCUGAGAACUCUAGCCAGCAAGACACAGUUUGUCAUCGUCGCUGUCGACUAUCGCACUGCCCCUCAAGCAGCGUUCCCUGCCGCCUACGACGACUGCCUUGCCGUUACCAAACAUGUCGUCGACAACGCCAAGAAACUCAACUACAGAUCGGACCUCAUCAUUGUCGCUGGAGACGGUUCAGGCGGGAACCUAGCCGCCUCCGUUGCCAUAGAAAUGAAACAGAAGAUUGCCAUGCAACUAUUGAUAAGCCCGGCGCUUCAGAUCUUAAACCUUGGGACACCUUCAUAUCAAGACAUGAAUGACGUUCUUCCUGGAGUGACGAAUCCACGAAGGGAGAUAACUCACUGGCUCAACUAUGCAAAUCUGGACCAGGAACCAGGGUUCAUUGACGACAUGUUGAACAACGUCCACGCGUCAAAACACCUACACGAGUUGUAUAAGGACUUCUUCAACAGCAAGAAGCGAAUCCCAGCCCAUAUGAACGUCUCGGAACGCCACACAUUGCCACACGUACGUACAAAACACGGAACGGCGUACAAACUGGACAAAUUCGUCACUGACGUCCGUUUUUCUCCCAUGAUGGUCAAAAACACAAAGGGAAUUCCUAACGCAUACUUCAUUUCGUGCCAUUACGAUGUUUUGCGGGAUGAAGCUAUCAUGUAUGGACAUCGUCUGCUCGAGAGCGGGGUCAAGGUCAAAUUCCGCCAUUAUCCCUCGGCCUUCCAUGGUUUUGUUCUUUUCGCAGGAAGUAGUUUUUGGAAGUUUCCGGUUAGUGAUAAAGCUGUUAAUGAAUUAGUUGACUUUCUGCAGUUCCAAUACUUCAAUGUCCGUAAAGAACGUACAGAAUAGUAGAAGAGUCAAUUUGGUAUAGAUCAACGCUACGUAGCUUCAUCAUCCGUGAAUAAGCUGUCAUGGACAUCAUGUAUAGUCCGUUGGCUCAAAAUCGGACCGAUGAAUUGCAAUCUAACUCGAAAACUAAUAAACAUAAAAUACUCAAUGAAAUGCUGAUCAUAAUCAAAACAUCCACCAACUCUGUGAGGUAUUUGCAGAUUU